AUGUGCAACGACAGUGAGUCAGAAGCCGCGGACCUCGCAGGCAAACCUCAGCUUUGCAUGCCCCCAGGCUUGCUGGACCCACCGGGCCUCUCAGCGCCGAGCCCUCGCACACCUAAUGGCCAGGCAGAGGACAAUGCCAGCCACUUCUGCUCAUCAUCAAAUGGCGGCGAUGAGACGUCUAGGAUUCCAUGCACUGCCGGGGGCAGAAUACCAAUUCCAAGUGAUUUUACACACUGCCCACAUUUGCAGAGUUUUGUACGCUGCGGGCCUCAUCACCGCGCUGAGCUUUGCAUGCUUAACAAAGACGACAUCCGGAAGUUGCAUGACAUAUGGUCGAGAUAUCGCGAUGACCUUUGCUCCCCUCAGCACUCUGAAAAACCAACUUUCUCCCCGGAGGAUUUUGACACUUUCUACCGCAUAGCGCAGAAGGUUGUGGAUGCCAUGGUGGAGGAGUACAGGGUGCCAAUGGUUCUAGAUCAAGCAACGAUCAGCAACACCAAUCACAAGGGACAUCCGCCUCAUGCUGACAAUGUGCGCUUCGAUUCUGUUUGGUGGCAUGGCAAGCGCAUCACUGGCGAGGAUGAACUUCCAGCAGCCAGGAAAGGCGCCUACAUACUUUGGAGAGCGGAGAAGACUUCGUAUAGGAGUUAUAGCUGCUCUGUGUCGCUGACUGAUCCCAAUGGCUAUGAAGGUGGAGAAAUACAAUUCUUUGACAGGUGGGGGUCGUCCCCCGUGGCCAGCUACAAGUGUGCUGAGGGAUGUGGAAUUGCCUUUUGCGGAUGCCACAAAAAUAUUCAUGCAGUCACAGGUGUCAGACGGGGUUUUCGGCUGGUUCUCCUUGUGUGGACAAGACCGCCUGGCGCUCGAGUUCCAGAUGCGCAAGGAACUGUUUGCUAUUUUCGACCUGGCACAGGGCGCGGCUGUUGGCUGCACACGGCGGAAAUUCAGCGCGGACUGGCGAGAAGAGCUGGAAGGGACGGAGCUUGGGUUCCUCGAGAUGUUGACGACGAGACGUGCCAAUGUCAAGACUGCUUGGCAGAGAGGACCAAGGUAUCCUGGAAAGACUGCUUGCGCGACACGUGCAUGCCCUCCAAGUCCACACCCAGCACCAGUGCGGGCAACUCACCUCGGAGUCCUAGUACUCCAGACAGCUUGGAGGAUGGAUCAGCGCCGCCGAAGCCUGUGGGCGGUCCUCACGGGCAACCAAAGACAUGGUGUGGACCUCAUGAGCGACAAGAACUGCCCAACAUCCUUUGUGAUGAUGACGUGAGGACUUUGCAUGCAAUCUGGCAAAGGCAUCAUGACGACUUGACCCACCCGUGGUAUAAGAACAAACCGAGGUUCUCUGGCAAAGAAUUCAGUGAAUUCCGCGGAAUAGCACAGAAAGUCGUGGACGCAAUGGCUCUACAAUUCCACAUGCCUCUUGUCCUUGACCAAGCUGCGGUAAACAGCACCAACCAGCAUGGGCACCCGCCACAUGCUGACAAUGUGCAGUUUGACUCUGUUUGGUGGGAUGGGCGCCAAAUCAAGCAACGAGAUGAAGUGGAGGCAGCAAGAGGCGGUGCCGAAGUUCUUUGGAGACCAUCAAAGACGAACUACAGGAACUACAGUGCUUCCAUCGCACUGACAGAUCCGGAUGAGUAUGGCGGGGGCGAACUGCAAUUCUUCAGCACCUGGGGUGCCAAAACUCCCGCGGCGACCAUGCGACUGCCGUGUGGCAGUGGUAUUGCCUUCUGCGGCUGCCAGCGGAACAUGCACGCUGUGACGGGUGUCAAGUGGGGCUUCCGACUAGUUAUGUGCGUGUGGACUCGGCAUCCUGACGCACCGGUUCCUUUGGAGCAGCUCCGUGUGUGCUAUUUCAGGCCCGGCUCCGGCCUGAGCAUUUGGUUGACCUCGGAUGACCUGCACAAGUACCCCAAGCGACGGCGGAAGAAUGAGAUGUUGCAUGACUCAGAGGAGGAAGACGCUGACAUGCACGAGGCCUCAGAUUGA